AAUUUAGUUGUUAGUAGGUGAAAAACAGCCGAACAGAACCAUCUAUCUUUCCUCGAGUCUAGCAAAACGAAACCCCCGAAUCCUUUGCAGUUCGUCAAAUUUUCCAAAACAUAAACGCCAUUGUUCACCAACCCUUUCUCAUUUCCAUUCUUCUUCCCCAAAUGGGACGGUGGUGAUGACAGUUGAGAAUCCUCAACGACUCAAAUUCAUCCCCAUUUUUAAAAUCACUUCCCAAAGGCGAAACACAGCGGAUUUACUUGCUGGGAGAGUUUGCAAAACAGAGUCUGCCCAAUGAUGGGCAAAACCAAGAGAAUUUGUUUACUUCUUUUGAGGCUUCUUGCUUUGGGUUCCACUGUUUCUGCUGCCAUUGUUAUGGCUACAAGUCAUGAAGAAGCUAGAUUUUUUACUCUGUCUUUUGAGGCUAAAUAUACUCAUACACCAUCCUUCAAGUAUUUUGUGAUUGCAAAUUCAGUCGCGAGUGUUUAUGGGUUUCUCGUGCUCUUUCUUCCUGCGGAGAGCUUGCUGUGGCGUUUGGUGCUGUGUUUCGAUGUGAUAAUGACGAUGUUGCUGACUUCAAGUAUAGCAGCGGCGUUGGCGGUGGCGCAAAUAGGAAAAGAUGGGAACUCAUAUGCAGGAUGGCUCCCAAUAUGCGACCAAGUGGCUAACUAUUGUAGUCAAGUCACUGGAGCUUUGGUCAUGGGUCUCCUUGGACUGCUUGUUUACUUGUUGCUUCUUCUUUAUUCUCUUCACUCUCUUUUGGAUCCUCUUCUUUUGAAAAAGCCUUAAAACGACGCAACAUAAGCUUAGACUUUUAGGCGAUCUUUUGUGAAAAAAUGGCUUCUCAUAAACUUGGAACUUUGGCCCUUUGCAAGUUUUUCCAAGGGCUAAAUAAAAAUUAUUUCAACACUUCGAUCGAUCGAAUUUUGUUAGUUGAGUUGUUGUUAUGAGUUUUGUAUUGUUUCAUUUAGUAGAUGUUACAUUACUUGACGUUUAAGGUUGUUAAAGUUCUAUAACUUAAAGCUAUACAGUAGUCUUCUUGCA